GCACCACCUCCCCUAUAUAAACUUAUAAGACCCAAACCAACUCCUCAAACACACCAUCUUCAUCUUCAUCUUCAUCUUCACUCUCACCUUCAUCUUCUUCACUCUUAAAUUAGCUAUGGUGCUAUCCAAAACAACGUCGGAAUCCGACGUAUCCGUGCACUCAACCUUUGCCUCGAGAUAUGUUCGUUCAUCUCUUCCAAGGUAUAAAAUGCCGGAAUCAUCGAUACCGAAAGAGGCAGCGUACCAGAUAAUAAAUGAUGAGUUGAUGCUUGAUGGAAACCCAAGGUUGAAUUUGGCAUCAUUUGUGACAACUUGGAUGGAACCUGAGUGUGAUAAGUUGAUCAUGGCAGCCAUUAACAAGAACUAUGUUGAUAUGGAUGAAUACCCUGUCACCACUGAGCUUCAGAACCGAUGUGUCAACAUGAUUGCUCAUCUUUUCAAUGCACCUCUUGGAGAAACUGAAACUGCAAUUGGAGUUGGAACAGUAGGAUCAUCAGAAGCCAUAAUGCUUGCUGGUCUUGCAUUCAAGAGAAAAUGGCAAAACAAGAGAAAGGCUGAAGGAAAACCUUGUGACAAGCCCAACAUUGUCACUGGUGCUAAUGUUCAAGUUUGCUGGGAGAAAUUUGCAAGAUACUUUGAAGUUGAAUUAAAAGAAGUGAAGUUAAGUGAUGGUUACUAUGUUAUGGACCCCAAAAAGGCAGUAGAACUAGUUGAUGAAAACACUAUCUGUGUAGCUGCCAUUCUUGGCUCUACACUUAAUGGAGAAUUUGAAGAUGUUAAGCUUCUAAAUGAUCUUCUAACAGAGAAAAACAAAGAAACCGGAUGGGAUACACCUAUCCAUGUAGACGCGGCGAGUGGUGGUUUUAUAGCACCAUUUUUGUACCCAGAAUUAGAGUGGGAUUUCCGGCUUCCAUUAGUGAAGAGUAUAAAUGUCAGCGGACACAAGUAUGGAUUAGUGUAUGCAGGGAUUGGAUGGGUCAUUUGGAGGAGCAAAGAGGAUUUGCCAGAAGAACUCAUCUUUCAUAUCAAUUAUCUUGGUGCGGAUCAACCUACAUUCACUCUCAACUUCUCAAAAGGGUCAAGUCAAGUCAUUGCUCAAUAUUAUCAGUUAAUCAGGUUGGGAUUUGAGGGGUACAGUAACAUCAUGGAGAAUUGUAAAGAGAAUGCCAUGGUGUUGAAGGAAGGGUUAGAGAAGACGGGUAGGUUCAACAUUGUGUCGAAGGACAAUGGUGUUUCUUUAGUAGCAUUUUCGUUGAAAGACCGAAGGUUGCAUGAUGAGUUUGAGGUGUCGGAGUAUCUCCGCCGCUUUGGAUGGAUCGUGCCCGCUUACACAAUGCCACCAGAUGCACAACACAUUACGGUGUUGCGCGUGGUGGUGAGAGAGGACUUUAGUCGAACACUUGCUGAAAGAUUGGUGAUGGACAUUGAGAAGGUAUUGCGUGAGCUUGAUUUACUCCCAUCUAAGUUUCUCAAGUUGAAUGAUGGAAAAAAUGGACAUUGGACCAAGAAGUCAGAGUUGGAGACACAGAAAUCAGUUACAGAUGCUUGGAAGAAGUUUGUUUUGGCAAAGAAGAUGAAUGGAGUUUGCUAGAGAAGCAAGAAAAGAUUUUUGUAAUUUGAUUUCAAUAUGUUGUUUGAAUAAUGUUUGUGAGCUUUCUUUUUUUCUUUUUUUCUAUUGGUGAUGUUAAACUCUAUUUCAAUUAAGAACACAUGCAUCAAACUAGAGUGCUAAGAUACUAUCUAUAUAAACAUUUGAGCUCAAAACCCUUGUAAGACUGAUUACUAGCAUUUCUUUGUUAACAAUGUUACAAGAGAGAUUGCUCACCA